GGAGUGUCCUGACCCCGCGGGGGGUGGCCUGCUGUGCAUAAAGCUGAGCCCCAGCUCCUCCUCAGUAGCUGCACCGGGACUGCACCAAGUGUGACAGAAGUGGAAAGAAGAUGGAUCAUUCCUUGGGGAAAGCCAGAAGAGAUUCAGCUGCUCCAUCCAACCAUCUCUUACUCAAUGGAGGAGCUAAUCAGGCAGAGAAAGCCCAGGCUCUGGUGCCUGAGAACAACCUCUGCAGGCAGUACGAGGAGAAGGUGCGGCCCUGCAUCGACCUCAUCGACUCACUGCGGGCCCUGGGUGUGGAGCAGGACCUGGCCCUGCCUGCCAUUGCGGUCAUUGGAGACCAGAGCUCGGGAAAGAGUUCCGUGCUGGAGGCUCUGUCAGGAGUCGCCCUCCCCAGGGGCAGUGGUAUUGUCACCAGAUGCCCUCUGGUGUUGAAACUGAAGAAGCUGAAGCAAGAUGAAGAGUGGAGAGGCAAGGUCAGCUACAUGGGCAUUGAAGAGGGCAUCUCAGAUGCUUUUAAGGUAGAAGAGGAAAUCAACAGAGCCCAGAAUUUCAUCGCUGGGGAUGGGCUGGCAAUCAAGGAUGAACUCAUUAGUCUGGAGAUCAGCUCCCCCAGCGUCCCAGAUCUGACUCUCAUUGACCUUCCCGGGAUCACCAGGGUGGCUGUGGGCAAUCAGCCUGCUGACAUCGGUCGCCAGAUCAAGCGGCUCAUCAUGAAGUACAUUGAAAAGUCUGAGACCAUCAACUUGGUGGUGGUCCCCAGUAACGUGGACAUCGCCACCACGGAGGCGCUGUGCAUGGCCCAGGAGGUGGAUCCGGAAGGAGACAGGACCAUAGGAGUCUUGACAAAGCCUGACCUGGUGGACAGAGGCACUGAAGACAAGGUUGUGGAUGUGGUGAAAAACCUGGUGUGCCAUCUGAAGAAGGGCUACAUGAUCGUCAAGUGCCGUGGCCAGCAGGACAUCCAGGAGCGGCUAAGCCUGGCCGAGGCCCUGCAGAAGGAACAGGCCUUCUUUGAGGACCACCCUCACUUCAGGGUGCUGCUGGAGGACGGAAAGGCCACAGUCCCCUGCCUGGCAGAGAGACUGUCCGCUGAGCUCAUCACACACAUCUGUAAAUCUCUGCCACUGUUGGAAAAUCAAAUAAAGGAGCGUCACCAGGAAAUAACAGAGGAGUUACAAAACUAUGGCCCGGACAUCCCACAAGAUGAGAAUGAGAAAACCAUCUUCCUGAUAGAGAAAAUUAAUGCAUUCAAUCAGGACAUCAUUGCUCUAGUCCAAGGGGAAGAAAAUGUAGGCACUGAUGGCACCCGGCUGUUUGCCAAACUCCGACAUCAGUUCACAUCUUGGAGUUCCGUGAUUGAAAAUCACUUUAGAAAAGGUUAUGAUGGCUUACAAAGUGAAGUCUGGAAAUUUGAAAACCAGCAUCGCGGCAGAGAGCUACCUGGAUUUGUGAACUACAGGACCUUUGAGAAGAUCAUUAAAAAGCAACUCCAGGCCCUGGAGGAGCCGGCUGUAGAGAUGCUGCACAAGGUCACUGAAAUGGUCUGGAAAGCCCUCACGGAUGUUUCUGAAAAAAACUUUACUGAGUUUUUUAACCUCCACAGAACCACCAAGAACAAAAUUGAAGACAUUCGAUCGAGUCAAGAAGAAGAAGCGGAGAAGGCGAUCCGAGUUCACUUCCGGAUGGAGCAGAUCAUCUACUGCCAGGACCAGGCUUACCGAGGUGCCCUGAAGAAGGUCAGGGAGGAGGGCGCUGAGGAGGAAGAGAUGAACAAGGUCUCUAGGUCUUCAUGGAACGCUUCUAUUGGUGAAAUCCUCCAACAUCUGAACGCUUACCGCCAGGAGGUUCACAACCGCAUCUCCACCCACAUCCCCCUGAUCAUCCAGUACUACAUCCUGCAGAUGUUUGGCCAGCAGCUACAGAACACCAUGCUGCAGCUGCUGCAAGACAAGGACGCCUGCGCCUGGCUCCUGAAGGAGCGGAGCGACACCAGCGAGAAGAGGAAGUUCUUGAAGGAGCGGCUGGCACGGCUGGGCCAGGCACGUCGAGAGCUUGCCAAGUUCCCUGGUUAACCUGGCUCCCAGGCCCAGGGAAGGAGGCCUGAAGCCCCUCCUGACGGCUAUGCCAGGGUGAUGUAGCCACUCAGUAGAUGCUCAGCAGGCAGAGGUAGAGGCCAGAUCUCUGCUUGUCAUCCAGUAGCACAUGGGGACCAAGAGGAGUCGGGAGCACAAUUUGAUUUCAGCCAAAAGAGGACAGCCCUUCCCGAAAGCCCAGGCUACACACUGGAGGGAAGAUGCCACCAUCCUGAAGGGGACAAGGAUGUCACCACAGAACCCCAUCUCCGACUCCACCCCAGCUCAGUGCCUGGAAGGUUCCUUCCUGGUCUCUAUUGAACCAGGGCAGCAGCAGUGGCCCGGUGAUCGAAGAACUGAGCCCUCUGUUCCUGAUAAAAGGUUGCUGUGUGACCCUG